AUGGCCAUCCCAUCGGUAAUGAAGGCCUACCUCUACAAUACCACAAUUCCUAAUGGCGUGUUGCCAAACCUGGCAUAUGACCCUGCGGCCCGCACACCACCUCCUCCUUCAUCUCCCUCUCAAGUCCUCAUCAAGGUCCUUUCCACCUCACUAAACCCAGCCGACUGCAAAGUUCCCGAGCAGUCGACCAUUUUUGGGAGAGUUCUUAUAUGCAGCACUCCUGCGUCACCUGGCCUUGACUUUGCCGGGCGCGUUGUUGCAACACACCCCAACCACAAGGGGGAAUUCAAUCCAGGCCAGCUUGUCUUUGGAUGCUUAGCGAGGCCGAGAACAUUUGGGGCGACAGGGGAAUAUGUUCUCUGUGACGAGAAUGAUCUUGCGAUUUUGCCGGAUGGCGUGAGUAUUGAUGACGCCGCGUGUGUGGGCGUCUCUAUCCGUACGGCAUGGCAGUCUCUCAAGUACUACAUCAAGCCCUCCUCUUCACCAGGUGCAGUUGGCGACGAGCAGAAGAAGGUGUUUAUCAAUGGGGGCUCCGGCGGCUGCGGUGUCUUUGCGAUCCAGUUUGCAAAGAUGUUGGGGUGCCACGUUACAGUCACUUGCUCAUCGCGAAAUGAAAAGCUUGUGAGGGAGCUCGGAGCUGACGAAGUCAUCGACUAUACGGCGGUAGAUGUGCUCCAAACCCUCAAAGCUAAGGGGCAAGUAUUCGAUCAUGCCAUCGACCACAUUGGGACUCCGGAUAAUCUGUAUUCGCAAUGCCACCACUUCCUAAAGGCCGGCUGUGCCUAUGUGCAGGUCGGUGCCGGGAGCAUAAUGAAAGUCGUGUGGAGGACCAUCACGCCCAGAUUCCUGGGUGGUGGGAGAAGGUGGUUUGUGCCGCUAAUGUUGGAAAAUUCCAAGGAGGACCUAUUGACCGUUGUCGAGUUUCUGAAAGAGAGAAAGCUCAGGGUGGUUGUCGACGAGGUGUUUGAGUUUGGGGAUGUGAUCAAGGCUUAUGAGAAGCUACAUUCCGGUAGGGCAAAGGGGAAAAUUAUAGUCCACGUUGCGAAAGACUGA